AUGAAUCCAUUGUAUUGUCCCUCAAAUGGUAAUUGCAUUAUAAAUCCAAUGACGAGAAAGAUAUGCACCAAAUGUCGGCUCGAGAAGUGUCUCGCAGUUGGGAUGAGAAAAAUUACAAACAAUACUUUAGACAACGAUUUGAUGUCAAUCACAAAAGUGAAACAGAAAUGCGAAAACACGACAAUUGUUCCCAUGUUUAGGGAAAUCACGGAUUAUAACGGUUUGAAUGAAUUGGAAACCAACCGGUUGUCGGAGCUGUCGAGCGCUGCCGUUGUGUUUGACUACAAAAUGUCUAAUAAUAUAAGACAAGUGAAUAAUUUAGAGGAAAUGCUAAGAGAAUGUGGACCGAGACAAGAUGGCUCAGUAGUGGACAUGGUCAAUUUUGCUAAAUCUCUGUCCACAUUCAAUAGGAUAUGCUGUGAGGAUAGGGUGGCGCUAUUGAAGUACGGUUACGACGAUUUGAUGUCAAUUCGGACCUUAAAAUUUUUUAACAAAGACAAAGAAACCUUUUACAUCCCAUUAGAUGAGAGUAAUACAAUCGAGUUAACAGCAAUAACUCGAACAACAACUAUGUCUACUAUUGAAAUACCGCUCGGAAUCUGA